AUGAACCAUUCGAAUGAGGAGCAGAGCAAUAAGCUCAGCGGCGCAGAAGUAGCAAAGCACAAUUCUCGAGAGUCAUGUUGGGUGAUAGUGCACGGAAGAGUAUACGAUGUCACCGAGUUUAUGCCAGGUGAGGAAUCCUCAUUCCAUGUUCUUACCGUUCAAUUGGCUCAUCUUCAGUCAGAACAUCCCGGCGGCUCAAAGAUAAUCCUCAAGUACGCAGGCAAAGAUGCUACGGAAGAAUACGAACCUAUCCAUCCCCCGGACACUCUCGAAAAAUACCUAGCAAAAGACAAGCACCUCGGACAAGUCGACAUGUCAACCGUCGAAAGAGAAGAAAAAGAAAACGACCCAGAGGAAAAAGCGCGUCAAGAACGAAUCAAACACAUGCCAAUCUUAGAACAGUGCUACAACCUCAUGGACUUUGAAGCCGUGGCCCGCAGAGUCAUGAAAAAGACAGCAUGGGCCUACUACUCAUCGGGCGCGGACGACGAAAUCACCAUGCGCGAAAACCACUCCGCCUACCACAAGAUCUGGUUCCGGCCUCGGGUGCUCGUCGACGUCGAGAAAGUCGACUUCUCCACCACCAUGCUGGGCACCAAAGUUGACAUCCCUUUCUACGUGACCGCCACCGCGCUAGGCAAACUUGGCAAUCCCGAGGGCGAAGUGAUAUUGACCAGAGGCGCCCGCAAACACAACGUCAUCCAGAUGAUCCCAACGCUAGCCUCCUGCUCCUUCGACGAGAUCGUCGACGCCGCCGAAGAUGGGCAGGUGCAAUGGCUCCAGCUCUACGUCAACAAGAACCGCGACAUUACGAAGAAAAUCGUCCAACACGCCGAGGAACGCGGCUGCAAAGGCCUAUUCAUCACCGUCGACGCUCCACAACUAGGCCGGAGAGAAAAGGACAUGCGUUCCAAAUUCUCGGAUACAGGCUCCAAUGUGCAGAACACCGGAGGCGAUAACGUUGACCGGUCCCAGGGCGCCGCCCGAGCCAUCUCCUCCUUCAUCGACCCGUCCCUAAGCUGGAAAGAUAUUCCCUGGUUCCUCUCCCUCACCAAAAUGCCCAUCAUCCUCAAAGGUGUCCAACGAGUCGAAGACGUCCUUCGCGCGAUCGAAUGUGGCGUGCAAGGCGUCGUCCUCUCCAACCACGGCGGCCGCCAACUCGAUUUCGCACGCAGCGGGAUCGAAGUUCUCGCCGAGGUCAUGCCCGUCCUCCGCGAACGCGGCUGGGAACACAGGAUCGAGAUCUACAUCGAUGGCGGCGUGAGGCGCGCUACCGAUAUCAUCAAAGCGCUGUGUUUGGGCGCCAAGGGCGUCGGGAUUGGACGCCCGUUCCUGUUCGCCAUGAGCGCCUAUGGGCUGCCGGGCGUGGAUCGCGCGAUGCAGCUGCUGAAGGAUGAGAUGGAGAUGAAUAUGCGGCUGAUCGGGUGUAGUAGGGUGGACCAGCUGAACCCGACGUUGGUGGAUACGAGCGGGUUGAGCUUGCAUGCCACCACCGUGCCGAGUGAUACGUUAGGAUUGGGGGUUUAUGAUCCGUUGGUGUCUCCGCAGGAGAUGGGGAAGGGAGAAAGAGAAGGCAAGAGCGAGGAAGAGGAAGAGGAAGAGGAAGAGGAAGAGGAAGAGGAAGAGGAAGAGGAAGAGGAAGAGGAAGAGGAAGAGGAAGAGGAAGAGGAAGAGGAAGAGGAAGAGGAAGAGGAAGAGGAAGAGGAAGAGGAAGAGGAAGAGGAAGAGGAAGAGGAAGAGGAAGAGGAAGAGGAAGAGGAAGAGGAAGAGGAAGAGGAAGAGGAAGAGGAAGAGGAAGAGGAAGAGGAAGAGGAAGAGGAAGAGGAAGAGGAAGAGGAAGAGGAAGAGGAAGAGGAAGAGGAAGAGGAAGAGGAAGAGGAAGAGGAAGAGGAAGAGGAAGAGGAAGAGGAAGAGGAAGAGGAAGAGGAAGAGGAAGAGGAAGAGGAAGAGGAAGAGGAAGAGGAAGAGGAAGAGGAAGAGGAAGAGGAAGAGGAAGAGGAAGAGGAAGAGGAAGAGGAAGAGGAAGAGGAAGAGGAAGAGGAAGAGGAAGAGGAAGAGGAAGAGGAAGAGGAAGAGGAAGAGGAAGAGGAAGAGGAAGAGGAAGAGGAAGAGGAAGAGGAAGAGGAAGAGGAAGAGGAAGAGGAAGAGGAAGAGGAAGAGGAAGAGGAAGAGGAAGAGGAAGAGGAAGAGGAAGAGGAAGAGGAAGAGGAAGAGGAAGAGGAAGAGGAAGAGGAAGAGGAAGAGGAAGAGGAAGAGGAAGAGGAAGAGGAAGAGGAAGAGGAAGAGGAAGAGGAAGAGGUAGAGAUUUAG